AGGUCAGGUACUCUGAGGUAGACUAUACAGGAGAAAGCGUAGAUUUAGAAUCAAGAUCAUCCAGAUCUAGAUUAUUUCUAGAUCUAUGUACUAGAGUCUAUGUAUUGACUUAGUCUUAGAUCUAGAAGACUCGAUGUGGUGUGUUCGUCUAAAUGAACAGAGAUGCAGCAGUGACUAGUAGCCAUUUCUAUCUUUGGCAGAGAAGAAAGUUUUGUUUCACACCUGUUUUGAACAUAAGAAAAUGCUGAGCAGACAUCAAUAUCUUUGGACUGCCAUUUUUAUAACCACAUUUGUCAGCACAAGUGUAUUGGGUCAGUUUACCUGUAAAGACUUUUUGAGCCCUAAAACUUUAAUGACAGAUGGAACAAGGCUUGGUACCAUCGUAUAUCCAUUGGCUGGAAAUAAAUAUCCACCAAAUCAGAACUGUGAAUGGGACAUUGAAACUGGUAUUUCAGGCUCUGUGGUAAAGUUAAAAAUCACAUCAUCCAAUCUACAGGAUAUUGAUAUUAGAGGGGAAUGUAGCAUGGACUAUGUUGACAUCUUUGACUGGAAAUAUGGAGAUCGUGAUUUCAUUGGGCGUUUUUGUGGUUCACAAAGUGGUCAGAUCUAUGAAAGCACAGGACAAAAGAUGACAGUACAAUUUACAUCUAAUGUUGCAGCUGAGUUCAGUGGGUUUUCAGCUUCCUACCAAGCAGUUGAAGAACGAGGUGAUGAGUUGGACUCAAGUACCACCAUCAUAUUAGCCAUCUGUAUACCUGUUGGUGUAUUGCUCAUAGUAUUAACAAUCCCUUUCUCUUGGAAAAUGUUUAAACUCUAUAGACAAAAACACACCAGAAAUACUGAUCCCAAUCAAGGCCAAGGGGUACAGCUUACCCAAAAUGACAACAGGGCUUACUCUGACUACAGUUUUCAUCAUGCUCAGCUAGGGCUCGUCUCGCCAGGUGAAACGUCAUAUGGUAUACAGCAUAAUUUUCCCCCACCAGCCUAUGACUCUCUUGAGUAUAGCAACCUGCCGCCACAGCCCCCACCCUAUGAGCAGGUCAUCAAGGAAAUGGUUUCAGAAGACAGAAGGGAUGAAAGCAACACAUGAUGUCAGUAUGUAUGAUUCUUGGAUAGAAGUAUGGCAGGCAAUGUGAGUGAUAAUUUUGAAACCAAAUAUGUUAUAUACUUUUACAAAGUUUAAUCUUCUUAUUAGAAAUUUUGAAGCAUGUUUCAGUUAGAGUGGUGGUGUUAAACUUGUUGUCUUUCAAGGCAUACAGAUGUCUUUUCAUAUGUUAAAAUGCUUCAGAUUUGUGCAUAUUUCAUUUGUAAUUGUAUAUAUAUAGAUGAUAUAUAUAUACAUAUAUAGACAUGAUUGAAUUUAGGAUUUAUUCCUUUUUUACACAUGUUAUUAUACAAAGAUCUAAAACAUAUCAUAUGCCAGUAUAUAAUUCAUUCCUGUAUGUGUGUUCAUUGUACACACAUACCAUUGCAGUUCUGAGAGCCCUUUGGGCUAAGGAAAAUAUAGGGUAACUCGUCUUUGGAAAAUUGUUUUGUGACUUUUUUUUUUAUUGACAAAUUAUUAUUAUUUUUUUUAAUUCUCAAGUUAUUGGUUUUCUUCUUGUGUCUUACUUCUUUUCUGUAUCUCCAAUCUUUUGAUCUCUUCUAUUUUGAUUUCAUAUCCUCCCUCCAGCGAGAGUACUUUGCAUCAAACCCUGAACUAUGCAAAUAAGAUACCAAUGGGACAAUAGCCCAUCCUGAAAUGGGCUAUAACAGCGUUUAGAGAGGCCCAGUCAAAAGCCAAUCAUAUUCUUUCUGAUUCUGAAGGCUGUUGAGAUUUCCCCCAGCACUCAAACCAAUUUUCCUCUAUCAGCUAUGAUGUAUGGUGAAUGAACUACUGAUUGUCUUGCUUUGUUAUUACAAAAGGAAGAAUAUGGACCAAUUUGUGAAAAAAGGGAGCUACUGUUUUACUUGACAUUAAAAUUAAUAACAAAGAUUUUCUCCCAAAACAGUAGCAACUUUGACUUGUGCAAGAGGUUAUCAAGCAGCUUAUCUGAGGAUUUUGUUGCUAAUCGGACUAAUUUGGUUAAUAACACUAAAAAAAAAAGGAUGCUUACUAACACCCAAAAUCUCAAAUUUGAUCCUGACACUUUUCAGUUCUUUGCUUCUAAGAAGUUUUGUUUACAAACUCAGCUGUAUUCUUUGAUUCAUCCACUAUUUCUAAAAGUUUCCCAAGUUUUCUUUUUAGUUUUGACUGCAUCUCGAUGGAUUUGUGUAAAAAUCUAUUCUUGUCAGUUUUAACACAUGUAAAAUAUUUUUUUUAUCUAACAUGUUUUAAUAUUUGUAUAUAUGAUAUAAUUAGUAUAGAUUCAACCAAUGUGCCAUUAACUAUAACUUUUCUACUUGAUGCAAUAAGAAAAUUAUUUAGUUGUUUUUUUUUUAAAACCUUUACUUAGUAGCAUUUGUACUUUAAAGCUAGUGCAACUGUUAAAAAUUUGUUGUGUAACUUGUAAUUUUUAAGUUUUCAAAACAUUUUUAUGGGAGUUUUUUGAAAAUAAAAUUAUUAUUUAAUUUGUAUUUUUUAAUAAUUUUUUUUAUGAAUGAUAACAUUUUUUUUUUUUUUUUAAAAUUAUGUUUCACAUCUACAUUCAAAUUUUACAAACAUUGAUUGUCAUCUUGUAGAGUCAAAUUUUCUCCUCUGAAACUGUAAGUGCCACAGUUCGGUUGUGUCUGUUAUAUAUUUUACAAGUACUAACAUUCUUGUGGAAAUAUUUUAUUUUAAACCUUUUUUUAUAAUUGUUAUUGAUGAAGACAUUCCAUUUUGUUUUUCUGUGCAAGUAAACACUGUCAUUGAUAAUAAUAGUGCUACCUACAUGUAUCUGUUCAUGUAUUAAUGUAUGUGUGUGAAAGUCUAGUGUAACACCUAGAGCAUAAUUACUAAUUCAAUUAUAUCAUAUUACAUUUACAUUGAAAUUAUACAUCUGACUUUAACAAAACAUCUUUUUAAAAACUUUGUUAGAACUAAAAGAGGCCCACUCUUUUUUUCUUGGGUCAUGGUGACUGAGUGGAAAACUGCUCUUCUUAUGAACCAAGGGUUCUCGGGUUCAAAGCUCAGUGUAUUUUGAAUUUCAGAAUUUUCGGACACCCCUGAGUUUUACCUAUCUCUAAUGGGUACCUGACAUUAGUUAAGGAAAGUAAAGGCAGUUGGUUGUUUUGCUGACCACAUGACACUCUCGCUAGUUAACUGUUGACAGCAGAAUCGGAUGACCUAUUUUUCAUCUGUCCCAUAGAUAUGAAUGUCUGUAAGAGGGUACUUUCCUUUUUUUUCUUUUAUCUUUCUUUUUUGGUGAAUUUACUUAAUAGAGUCAGCUGUGUGAGUCAGCCCUGUGAAUCAACUGUGUGAGCAAGUAAAAAAAAAGUCUGACUUGGUAACAUUUGAGUUCACAUGAGCUGCCAUUUAAAAACAUAUAUUUAAUAAUGUUUUGAACUCGACUUGUGAAAGUUGAUGAGUGUGCAAAAAAAAGGCUGUGUAUUUAUCCUUCUCUUUUUCUGAGUGUUUUAAUAGGUUAUUGUUCUUUAUUUGUAGGUUACAUGAGAAGUAAUUUGUGGAUAAUUAUUGGAACUACUUUAUAUCAAUUAUAAGUUCUGAAAUGUUUAUAAAUUAUAAGGUCUGUUAUUAACUUAAAAUGUUACUUAGUGAUAAACCUCAUUUAUUUUUGUAACUUAGUUCUAGUCUUGUUCUGUUUUCUUUCAAGUGGCAUCUUCUAGCAUUGUUCUAAGUUUUUCUCUAGCAUUGGUUCUAAGUUUUAUAGAGCAUUUUUAGUUGACUAUAUAUACUGAUCACUUUUUGUAAACAUUGUUUAUUAUAAGCCACUAAUGUAUAGAGUAUGUAAGAAGAAAAUAUCUCAAAAGUAUUUAUAUUCUUUUAGUGUGUGUACAAAAAUGUAAAGAAUAAAUGUAAAAAAAAUGUUCCUAACAUUCAUGUAAAUAUGUAACUAUAGGAAUUGCAACAAAUAAAAGUGAACACACACAAAUA